GGAUUUGUUUAAUCUGGCCUUGUCUGCUUGGAACUUUGUUCUAGCUUUUUUAAGCUGUUACAGUAAAUUGUGUGGUGAUUUGGUUACUAUUACUCAAGUAAUUUUAGUUUUAGUUUAGCUUUCCACAACUAUGUGGCAUAACACCUGAUUUUAUUGUCAUUUUGCUUUAUUUCUGCAGCAUAUAGCUAUUCUGUGUUGAGUACUCGGUUUUGACCCUAAACUAAAAGUAUAGUGUAAUAUGGAGGCAUGUAGGUGUGGGAUGAUAACCCAGGAAAAGUGACACCAGUAGUUAAUUACAGUUAAUUACUGUAAGAAUGCACCAUUGGGAACUGGUAAAAGUGGAUUUAGCCACAACAAAAAGAACAUAGAGGAAAUAUCCAAUGUAAACACAAUAUGCGUAAUAAAAUCAGGUUUCAUGGGGAACUGAGAACUAAUGAAGAAAGAGGAAAGUGUUGUAUUAGAAAACACAUGGAAAUAGGCACUAGUGGAUUCUUGGGUAGGGAAGGCAUUUCCGUCGAUAUCAGGAUGUUCCUUCUGGUAGAGAAUGUGGGGCAUUGACAGUUUGCCAUAAACCCCUCCCCUCCUCUGCCUCCUUCUGGCAGCACUGACUCCGAGGACCCCAUCAGAGGGGCAUUAAAAAAAAAAGUCUUACAAAUGUUCCAAUGAAAAAAAAAAAUAUAUGGUUUCUGUGCAAAAGUAGCAUUUUGAUGAGAUUAGCUCAGUCGAGGCACCAUUUAAAUCAGAUUUUACAGAAUCUACACAUUUGGAUGAGUUUAUAUGUGUAAACAGUAGUAGAAUUGUCUGAGUUCUCUGGGAGGCUAAAUGGUGCUGAUAGAGAGCAGAAAUGGUGCUAAAUGGGAGCAGAACUAGCUUUCUCUGGCCCUUGUAUGCCUUUAAGAAAGCUUUUUUUCACCUGUCACCUGAGAAUAAAUUAGUAGAGCUUGCUUCAAAGCCAGAAGCUGCAAUAUCCCUGCUUCCCUUUAUAACCACUCCAAGUGAGUAUCACUGAGAUGCCCAAGUAAAUCCUCCAAAUAUUGUAGGUUUGAAAUUAAAUACAGGUUUCAAAAACAAAGGGUGAAAUGGCUAUGGAUUCUUCUUACCAACUCCAGUGCCAUCCCUGGGACUUCUUACAGAUCAACCAGGAUUGGGACUUUCUGCAAUCUAGUCUUCACAAAAGACUGCUUUCUCUGCUGAGACGGAAGGACUGCAAGGAGAUGGCGAAGUGCUGAGCGGAGCCACUCUCCAGGAGAGGCCGCCUUUAUUUUAGGAAGAAAAGCCUGAAAAUGAAAUUAUGAGGGUUUUUUAAAGAUUUUUUUUUUCUUCUAUGAAAUUUUUUACCAUUUACUCACAUUUACAUUUACAAAUAAUGGAAUAAUGAAAAAAAAGAAUCCCGAAGAAUCAGAAGCCUGCACAUUGCUUUUAUCUUCCUUGGUCACUGAGGAAAACAAUUACAAAUUGACUGCUCUUCUGACAAAAUAUCUGUCCAGUUAAAAAAUAGCUUUUUUUGCAUUGUCUCAAAGCUGCUAACAUGACCUGCUCUAGUGGAUUCUUCUCUCUUCGGGAUUGCUCCAAGACAAAUGUUUUCCUGACUGCCUCCGUCUUUUUUGUAGCAAUAUAUGUGAUUUCUUAUGUUUUGAAUUCUGAUCUCCAUGCUGUUCUAACUAAAAGUGAAGUUCAAAGUAAUGUUGACAUAGAAGAAAAAGGCAUACUUUUUACCAAAAGGUAUGAUAAUCUUCAGAUGGAAAGCGAAAAUAUUUUACAUAAAAACAUUACUUCAAAUUUCAAAAAAUUCUUACGGAAAGAAAAUGGAGAACUACCAGUCGAAAAUGAGAAAUUUGGGAAUAAACCCAGAUCCACUUCAACAUGGUCAUUUAAAUUCAUUAUUAAUGAAAAGGAGAAGUGUAAAGCUAAAAAACCUUUCUUGGUAUUGCUAAUAGCAACUACAGCUGCUGAAGUUCAGCUCAGACAUUCCAUCAGAAAAGCUUGGGGAAAUGAAUCUGCGGUUCCAGGAGUGGAGGUUGUUCGGUUGUUUAUGCUUGGCGUUGAGAGCAAAGAUCGAAAUGAGGUCCUACUGAGAGAAAGCGAGCAAUAUCAUGAUAUUAUUCAACAGGACUUCCUGGACACUUACCAUAACUUAACUCUUAAGACUUUGAUAGGCAUGAAGUGGGUUGCCUCUUAUUGCAGUGGCGCAAGCUUUGUUAUGAAGACAGACAGUGAUGUUUUUGUUAAUACGAUGUACCUAAUAGAAAAGCUCCUUAGGCCUCUUUCAUCUCCUCCACAAAAUUAUUUCACAGGCUGCCUUAUGAAAGGGCAUAAGCCUAUUUGAAAUAAAAAAAGUAAAUGGUACAUAUCAGAAGAAGAAUACCCAGGUGGCAAGUACCCUCCUUUUUGUUCAGGAACUGGCUACGUCUUAUCUGGAGACCUGGCUUCAAAAAUCGUCAAUGCUUCUGUAACAGUAAAACGUAUACAUUUGGAAGAUGUUUAUGUAGGGCUCUGUCUUAAUGCAACUGGAAUACAAAUAGUACCUCCGCCUAGUAAUUCAUUGUUUAACAUAUACAAGGUCCCAUUUUCUCCUUGUCGGUACAAUAAUAUAAUCACAUCUCAUCACAUUGGAACAAAUGAGCACAUAAUCUAUUGGGAAACACUGCAAAAGGACUACACAUGUCAGACAGAACAGAAAGGCCAGUAGUGCAGAGUCCUUUCUUUCUUUGACAAGGGACAAAACAGCAGAUGUUUUCUUAGAAACGGCAUCUAUGUAGUGAUAACUUUUAAGGUUCAGGGAUAUAUUGAAUCAGGGGUAUAGCUUUUGUAUUAGUUGCAUUCAAAGGAUUUUUCUUCCAUAAAGCAGGUUUUCUCUGUUGACUGAAUACUGCUUGGUACCUGUGGAAUAAUUACUAAAUUGGCCAAAAAUACAAAAGUACAGCAUUGUUCCUACAUUAAGGAAAAGUAUAAAAUCACAAGGCUUCUGAGGUAGAGUACAGCUGCGGCUGGCAUGUGAAAAAAUGCAACAUCUGCGGUUCCCUGUAUGAUGCUUGAGAAGCUACAUGAGACACAGGACAGAAGAUAAUUAUUCCGUGGCCUUGUCUUAUGCAGAUACAGGAAUGGGAUGGUACCAUGAAACAGAUAAGCUGCCAAUUAGCUGCCUGAUCACUACCCUGAGCCAACAUUUUGUCAAAUUUUGAUGAAAUGCUGUCCUUUGUGUGAACUUUGCUCAUUACAAUGUCAUUAUAAUACCAAAACACACCUCCACCCCGAAGGCUGCCCGUCUCCAAGGUGCGACCACUCCUCCUUGAAUCUGUGCCCUGAAUUUCUCAUCAACUAUACCUUUAAUUGUGAAGCGAGAGAAUUUUACACCAAUCAUAAUAAAAGUAUGCAUGACUAAAGUCACUCAAACUCCAGCUUGCAGAUAACAAAUAGUAUAAAAAUAGCCCGAGAGAGGGGUGAUAUCAGGGAAGACACCAUCGCGAACAAGUCGAGGAGGACUCCAUCACUGACCUCCGGGACCAGUCGAGGGGCUGAGCCUUUCUUCCCCCCCAUAGGGACGCCUUUGGGUAAGACUGUGAUUAUACCAAGUGCUUCCUCGGGAAACUUAGAAAUCUCUCUAGAGAAUCUCUCACCUACAUUUAUAGCCAGGCUGUAUCGUUUAUAACGUUGUCGCGCGUUUUGUAUAUGUAACAAUACUUUCAUUUGCACGCGCUUUGCAGACAGUGUAUUUAUCACGGGCAAUCCUCAGAACCUUUAUACCUGUUGUUUAAAUAAACUGCACUGUUUAAGUAGCUAGUCGUUUCGGUUUCUCACUGAACGCGACCAAAGGCUCGAGAGUGGCCGUGCUGGUUCAUGAGCACGACUAGGCUGAAGGUGCAGUCCACUGUUAGCGUAUCCAAAUCGUAACAGUUUAAUACAUAUUAAACGCGACUGGACUGAUAGUGCUGAAUUGGGCAUCACUCAGAAUUUAAACCCAGCCGCACCUGGCCUCCCACCUCGGUGAGGGUUAGAACGCAAGGGGGUUUACUUGCUGCCAAAACCGCUUUGCCCCUUUCACACAACAGUACCUUACUUUGUUUCGGAUGAGGCACCAAUUAAUUCUUACACUGUUUUAAAAUACGGCAAGAGGUCAUAUCAACUAUACUGAAGAAAAAGCAAUAAAGGUGCAAUGAAACUUAAGUUUUCAUGAACAAGUAAUAGUAAGUUAAUGUGUUAAUUUGAUAUUGCUCAGAUGUAAUUAAUGUAUGUACCAUCACAUUUGCUCAGAUAGCAUUUCAAUGUGGCUGAAGACGAAAGCACAGAUAAUAUCCUGUGCUGGUGAGUUAGUGAUAGAAAUAUGGAAGAAAACUGCUUUUUUUCAGAGAAUCUAAUAUUAGAAUUUGCUAGAUGUCUAUUAAUGCAUGCAGCUGCUAUUACUCUCUGUAGUCAUAUAUACAAAGAACACCUCACACACAAGAUACCACUUGUUAUUAUGGAUAU